CAGCCCCUCGGCCCACUCCGCCCUUCGGGUCGUGGCGCCCGUCCCUCCCUUGCUCUCCCGUCGGCGCCCGGACAGGGGCUCGGGAGCCGAGCCUAGCCGGGGCAGGGGCGGGAGCCGCGGGACGAGCGCCUGAGGUGCCGUGGAGAAGCCAUGGAGCUGAGCAGCAAGAAGAAGUUGCACGCCCUGUCCCUGGCCGAGAAGAUCCAGGUGCUGGAGCUGCUGGAUGAGUCCAAGAUGUCCCAGUCGGAGGUGGCCCGGCGCUUCCAGGUCUCCCAGCCCCAGAUCUCACGCAUCUGCAAGAAUAAGGAGAAGCUGCUGGCGGACUGGUGCAGCGGCACGGCCAACCGGGAGCGCAAGCGCAAGCGGGAGUCCAAGUACAGCGGGAUUGACGAGGCCCUGCUCUGCUGGUACCACAUCGCCCGGGCCAAGGCCUGGGACGUGACGGGGCCCAUGCUGCUCCACAAAGCCAAGGAGCUGGCCGACAUCAUGGGCCAGGAUUUUGUCCCCAGCAUUGGCUGGCUGGUCCGCUGGAAACGCCGGAACAAUGUGGGCUUCGGGGCCCGGCACGUCCUGGCGCCUCCGUUCCCCCCCGAGCCACCUCCCCCGGGCCCCACGUCCCAGGCCCAGCCUCCUCUUUCUCUCAAAGACUUCUCCCCCGAGGACGUUUUCGGCUGCGCCGAAGUGCCUCUCCUGUACCGGGCAGUGCCCGGCAGAGGGGGCGCGCGCGACCGGGUGCAGGUGCUGCUGUGCGCCAACAGCAGAGGCACCGAGAAGCGGCGCGUGUGGGUCAGCGGGCUCCGGGCCGCGCCAACGUGCCUCUUCGGGGUCAGCGGUGCGGCUCUGCCGGCCUCCUACCACCCCGACCUGGGCGUCCCCUGGUCAGAGUGGCUGGCCCAGUUUGACAGGGACAUGGCGCGGCAAGGCCGACAGGUGACCCUGCUGCUGGCCGCCCGGGUGGCGGAGGGGUUGGCCGGCCGGCCCGGGCUCCGCCACGUGCGGCUCCUGCCUCUGGCCGCCGACGGCAGCACGCCUUCGCUGCCCGGCUCCGUGGUCCGGGCCUUCAGGACCCACUACCGGCACCGCCUGCUGGGCAAGCUGGCUGCCGUCCGGAGCAAGAGGGCCGGCGCCUCGCUGGCCGAGGCCGCGGCGGGCAUCACCGUGCUGGACGCGCUGCACAUGGCGGCGGCCGCCUGGGCCAAGGUGCCCCCCCAGCUCAUCGGGAGCAGCUUCGUCCAGGAAGGGCUGGCUCCCUGCAAGAUGUCCCCGUCCCCAGACCAAGCCUCCGAGAUGCCGCCGGUCCCCGGCGGGCUGAGCCUCGAGGAGUUUUCCCGCUUUGUGGACCUGGAGGGUGAGGAGCCCGCGUCUGGGGGGUGCAAGGAGGAGACGGGCACUGAGGACGAGGCGGGGGCCGGAGAGGACGGCCUCGGGCCCCUGCCCACCAAAGCCGACGCCCUCCGGGCACUGGGCACGCUGAGGAGGUGGCUGGAGUGCAACGGCACCUCCCCUGAGCUCUUUGAAAAAUUCUACGCCUGCGAGGAGGAGGUGGAGCGUCUCUGCGGCUCGUGAGGGGCCCCCCCUUGCUGCUGGCCGGGCCCCCCCUCUCCUGUUUCCCAUGGAAACGCCCUCGCUAGGAAGGCGGGCUGGAGGCUGGGCUCUUUCCCGCGGAAAUGGAGCUUCGGGAAAGGUGUGGAAGGGAGACAAGCGGGGAGACCGAGUCGAAGCCCCGAGAGAAGGUCGCCCCAGCCUCCAGAAGAGGGUUCUGAAGAUGGGGCGCGCCGGGCGGGGUGUGAGGCUAGCGUGUCGUUUCUCAACCUCCAGGGAGGCCGGGACCUGGGAAGGAAGAAUUGAGGCUUUACGGACAGGCCGAUCCCUUGAACUCUGUGUCGGAAACAGUUCUGCUUCUGGAAAUGAAGUUUUUUAAUCAGAA